AUGGGAGAACAUUCUCCUUCGCCUACUCCGGAGAGGGCAAUCUAUGGAUUUGUACUGUACUUGGGAACCUAUUUUGGACUUGGUUAGUACUAAGGUAGAGACGGUUUAGAUCUGAUGUUAUGCACGAGUCCUCUCCAGAUUCUAGAAUAUCAAAUAAGCAUUCUAUUAUCACUAACAUGUAAACUCAUGCUAUAAUAACUGUAUUUAACUUUUUAGAGAGUUCAAUAUUUACGAAAAAGCAGCCUAACUUGUACCUUAACAUAAUUUGAUUUUCUUGAUUUAUUUCAAUUAUUAGGCCUGUAUUUUAUUUGGGCUUGCCUCCCAGAAGAAUGGCUUCAUAGUAUUGGAAUAACUUAUCUUCCUCAAAGGUAACCGUGUGCUCACAGUUAAGCUCACCAACAAGUUGGGUGGAUUGUUUUUAAUCCUAAGGUUCCAUAUUCCAAAAUUUAUUACACAGAUGUGCAAAGAAAUUUAUGAAUUUUGUAUGGAGGGAAGGUGUGAAAAUAAAAAUAGAGCUUCUUGGGGACACUCUGGAAGAAAUAAACACCGAUAGAUAGAGGGAGGAAUGGGGGGGGCAAUGUUUCAUGUGAUUUUGGAAAGUGAAAGGAAAUCUCAUGAGAGUGAUUUCUAUAAAAUAUCAUUCUUUUUCAUGAACAGCACUCCACAAUGAAUUAACAGUGGGUACCUACUUGGACAUAGUAUGCUUUCCCCUAACACUUAUUCUCUCUCACUUUCUUCCCCCAUUUAAAUAAGAGUAGCUACUGAAUAUAAAAGGGAAUAGGUGUGGCAUGAUGACAAGGGGAUUGUAAUUUUUGCAAUUUAGAUUAUUUGGGUGGAGACAGCUACUGUUUUUCUUGACAAUGAAAUUUAAUACUUUUUCAUUUCACCAUUAUUUUCAUUUACCAGGUACUGGGUGUUAGCUGGACCAAUUUAUCUCUGUGUUGCAUUUGUGUUUGCAGUUUUGUUCUAUAUAGCAUAUAAUUUCACCAUCACUCUCCCACCAGACUCUAUCAACACAAUUACAGGUGAGAAUAAAUAUAUUCUGUAAUCUGGAUUUGUAAUGGAUGCCUAGUAAUGACAAUAUUCAUCUUUGUAAGCUGCAGAAAGAAAUGAAUUGGUGGAAUGAGUUGUGGUUUGGAAGUUUAGAGGUCUGUAAACAAACAUACAGACCUUGAACAUGAUCAGCAGGAGGAAUUUAUUAUUAAAUAUGACUCACACACUCAGUAACAACCUUCAAUAUUUAGAAUUUGUUUCAAUUUAUCUCAUAUUAUGAAGUAGGUUGUUGAGCAAAUAUUUUAGUAGCCUGCAAGGCAGGCAUAAUUUAAGGGUGAGCAGGUGCUCAGCACUUUCUUGAUGAAAAUUACAGGUGCCAUCUUUGAUUUUUACAGUAGUUGAAGUCUGGGGAGAGAAAGAAAUUUUAACAACGGGUGUGUGAUAGUCAAAAAGGAAAGAAGAGGGAAGAGGGUGAAGUAACCAUUCCCCCCCCCCACACUUUUUGACAUAACACACGUCAAAGUUCCUGUCAUAGAGAAGAAAUCAAAUGGUUUCACAUAAUAUUUUGUUUUUGAACUUGCAGAUAUACAUGCUCGAUACAUUGAUGAUAAUACAAUUUCAGUUCCUCUUGGAUCAGUUCCACCUCUGCAUGACAUCCCACUAAGCCAAGUAAACAGGGUCCUCUACAAAGACUAA